GCCUCGGCGCAACAAGGGGAAUGAUGCGCGGCUGUUGCUGAAGCUCCUGGCAUUGUAAUUACGUCGCAUUAAAACAACACCCGGCAGUGUAUUGUACUUCUAGUGGCAUGUUGCUACUUCACCCUUUGGUCGGUUAAGAGGGUGUUUUCCGUAACGUUCGUUAUUCUUAUGUUAGUGAGCUAUCGGCAGCUAGGCACAAAGGCGUUAAGUGAGCUACUAGCCGAUGUAAGCUAACGGUUACUAGCAUGCUAACAACACAGCCGCGGAGAACGAGCACAUCGUUACGCAGCCACACUCGGGUUAAUCUCUGCUGACUCGCUCUGUGGGUUAUGUGAGUUGUUUCGUGUUAGACAUUUAUCUGUAGCCUAAGUCAAGUGGUUGUUUUAUCAGUUACCACUCAUGACUAGGAUACUUGAAGCAACACUGAAGCAUAACUGGUUCGUUGGCUUGUUUUUCAGCUAGACGAGGCACUGCUUCGGUCUCAUUCAGGGAUGUGGCGGUAGCAAAACAAGCUAACGUUCCUCCCCUCUGUGAAGAAGUGACUGCAAGAAGUGAGGAAACACUUCAGACAAGCGGGAGUUUGUAUUUGUGUUUAUCGUACAUUCCGGUGUGGAUGACACGAGGACAAACCUGAGACACACAGCUGAACUGAAACUUGGAAUAUCGCUAACAGGUCGAAGGGAUUAUUUUUGUGUCUCUAAGUGGAUUUCGGCCUCCUGUUGGGGAUCGUCGUGGGAACACCGUGAGUGUUUUGACAUUGAGUGAGUCUACACGCUCACAAUAUCCUCCCUACCGCCGACCUUCACCCUCCGAUGCGGAGAUUUCAGUAGCACCGGCAACCAAAUUCCCCCCGGCGGCCGGACAUGCUGAAGUGUAUCCCCCUGUGGCGUUGCAACCGCCACGUCGAGUCGGUGGACAAGCGACAUUGCAACUUGCAGACAGUCCCCGAUGAAGUAUUCCGCUACAGUCGGAGCCUGGAGGAGCUUCUCCUCGAUGCCAACCAACUCAAAGAGCUACCAAAGCCUUUCUUCCGACUACUGAACCUACGGAAGCUCGGCCUCAGUGACAAUGAGAUCCAGAGACUCCCUCCCGAGGUGGCCAACUUCAUGCAGCUGGUGGAGCUUGACAUCUCCAGAAAUGACAUUCCUGAGAUCCCCGAGAGCAUUAAGUUUUGCAGGGCCUUGGAGAUCGCCGACUUCAGCGGAAACCCCCUCUCCAGAUUGCCGGAUGGUUUCACUCAACUGCGAACGCUGGCUCACUUGGCACUCAACGACGUGUCCUUGCAGACAUUGCCCAACGACGUUGGAAACUUGGCCAACCUGGUGACGUUGGAGCUCAGAGACAACCAGCUGAAGUCGCUGCCCACGUCCCUCUCCUUCCUGGUUAAACUGGAACAGCUGGACCUGGGCAGCAAUGAACUGGAAGUUUUGCCGGACACCCUAGGUGCUCUCCCCAACCUUAGGGAGCUUUGGCUGGACCGCAACCAGUUGUCCUCAUUACCACCGGAGCUGGGGAACCUCCGGAGACUGGUGUGUCUGGAUGUGUCAGAGAAUCGUCUGGAGGAGCUGCCCUCGGAGCUGAACGGCCUCCUGGCUCUCACUGACCUGCUGCUCACACAGAACCAGCUGGAGGACGUCCCAGACAGCAUAGGCUGCCUGAAACAGCUGUCUAUCUUCAAAGUGGACCAGAACAGACUGACCCAACUGACUGAUUCAAUAGGAGAGUGUGAAAACCUCACAGAACUCGUCUUAACAGAGAACCUUUUACAGUCACUUCCUCGCUCGCUGGGCAAGCUGAAGAAGCUGACCAACCUGAAUGUAGACCGCAACCGUUUGGGCAACGUGCCCAAAGAGCUGGGCGGCUGUGCCAGCCUCAACGUCCUCUCUCUGAGAGACAACCGCCUGGGCAAGCUGCCUGCUGAGCUCGCAGAUGCCACUGAGCUGCAUGUGCUGGAUGUGGCUGGAAAUAGAUUACAAAACCUGCCUUUUGCCCUGACAAACCUCAACCUGAAGGCCAUGUGGCUCGCAGAGAACCAGUCACAGCCAAUGCUCAAGUUCCAGACAGAGGAUGAUGAGCAGACGGGUGAGAAGGUGCUGACCUGCUAUCUCCUGCCUCAGCAGCCUUCCCCUAGCCUCGAGAACUUGCUGCAGAACAGUGUGGACGACAGUUGGACGGACAGCAACCUUAACCGAGUGUCAGUCAUUCAGUUCCAGGAGGAGACCAAGGGAGAGGAGGAGGAUGAUGAAGCUGCUGCAGAACGCAGAGGCCUUCAGCGAAGGGCAACACCGCACCCCAGUGAGCUGAAGGUGAUGAAGAAGGUGAUUGAGGAGAGGAGGAAUGAAGCUUACACAUCCAGGGAUGGAGAGUCCCCUGAUUCACAGGAGAAACGGCUCAGUGACCUCUCCAAUCAGAGCCAUGACUCUCAGGUGUCCAAUAGCACACUGUCGGCCACCUCCCACGAAGAGAGACACAAUGCUACGUCGCAUAGGGAGGACCUUGUAGACGGCCACGGCCAUCAGGAUGAGGACGAGCUGGAUGAGAUGGAAGUGGAGUACAUUGAGCCCACUGUGCACUUUGCAGAGGAGCCCAUGAUCCGGGGUCUGGAUGACGACGAGGAGGAGGACGGGGAAGACGGCGAGAGGAGUGACGAGGAGGAGAGACCGGCUUUCCCCGCAGAGAAGCAGCGCCUGAUCAGAAAGGACACGCCGCACUACAAGAAGCACUUCAAGAUCACCAAGCUGCCCAAACCCGAGACUGUGGCGGCACUGCUGCAGGGCUUCAACCCCGACAGCAUGAACUCUCCCCCACAGCCUGCACAGGAGGAGGAGGAGGAUGAGGAGGAGGAGGAGGAAGAGGAAGAGCUGAGUAUGUGCACCCCUCAGCACCAUAACAGGAUGGAGGCGCUGGAAGACAGUCGGCUCCAGGUCAACUCCAGUCAAGUAAAGGGGGUGUCAUUUGAUCAAGUCAAUAAUCUGCUGAUUGAACCUGCUCGAAUUGAGGAGGAAGAGCACUCGCUGAUCAUCAUGCGACAGACUGGCGGCCUCGGUAUCAGCAUUGCUGGAGGGAAAGGAUCUACACCUUACAAGGGAGAUGAUGAGGGAAUUUUCAUCUCCAGAGUAUCUGAAGAUGGCCCUGCCGCCAGAGCAGGGAUAAAAGUGGGAGACAAACUCCUAGAGGUCAAUGGAGUGGACCUCCACGAAGCAGAACAUCACACGGCGGUGGAAGCUCUCCGGAGCUCUGGCGCUACAGUGUCCAUGUCGGUGCUGCGGGAGCAUAUGGUGGAGCCGGAGAACGCCAUCACCACCACGCCACUGAGGCCGGAGGACAGCUAUUUCCCGCGCGAGAGACGGAGCAGCGGCAUCGCCUUCAACAUGGAGACGGCUCCCGCCGGGCCACAGCAGCGGCUCUCCACCUGCCUGAUCCGGAACGACAAGGGGCUGGGGUUCAGCAUCGCAGGGGGCAAAGGCUCCACCCCUUACCGCACAGCAGACACAGCUAUUUACAUCUCUCGGAUCGCAGACGGGGGAGCAGCACACAGAGACAGCACACUGCGUGUCGGCGACAGAGUGAUCUCCAUCAAUGGUGUAGACAUGACAGAGGCCAGGCAUGACCAGGCAGUAGCACUCCUUACCGGCACCUCCCCCACCAUUGCCCUCGUGGUGGAGCGAGACCUGAAUGCACCAGCGGGCUCUCCAGGUCAAUCCCGGGCACGAGCCCACUCCCCUCCACCCCCAGAACCCUCAGACUCACCGGACCAGGAGGAGGACGGCCUCACCAUGCACGGGAACAACCUGAGCCGCAUGGAGGACGAGUAUCCCAUCGAGGAAGUGAUCCUGUUGAAGUCCGGCGGGCCUCUAGGCCUGAGCAUUGUGGGCGGCAGUGAUCAUGCCAGUCACCCGUUUGGCAUCAAUGAACCCGGGGUGUUCAUCUCAAAGGUGAUUCCUAACGGCCUAGCGUGUGAGAGUGGACUGCGUGUCGGGGACCGGAUUUUAGAAGUAAACGCCAUCGAUCUGCGUCACGCCACACACCAGGAGGCUGUGCGAGCGCUGCUGGCCAACAAGCAGGAGAUCCGUAUGCUGGUGCGGAGGGACCCUUCCCCGCCUGGGAUGCAGGAGAUUGUAAUCAAUAAGCAGCCAGGGGAGAAGCUCGGCAUCAGUAUACGUGGAGGGGCCAAGGGUCACGCAGGAAACCCCUUUGACCCCACAGAUGAAGGCAUCUUCAUCUCUAAGGUGAGUUCGAGCGGUGCUGCAGCAAGGGACAGCAGGCUGAAGGUUGGGAUGCGUAUCCUGGAGGUGAACAACCACAGCCUGCUGGGGAUGACGCACACAGAGGCAGUGCGAGUGCUCCGGGCUGUGGGAGACUCUCUGGUCAUGCUGAUGUGUGACGGAUUCGACCCACAAAAGAUGACGGGCGUGGAGGCGUCUCCCGGCAUCAUCGCCAACCCAUUUGCCACGGGCAUCGUCCGUAAGAACAGCAUGGAGAGCAUCUCUUCUAUAGACCGAGACCUGAGCCCGGAGGAGAUGGAGAUCAUGCAGAAGGAGUCUGAGAUGGUGAGAGAGACAUCACAGUGGGAGCGGGAAGAGAUGGAGAAAGUGGAGCAUAUGCGCUUGGAGCGAGAGGAGGCAACUCGCCUGCUAGAAGAGGAGACUGAGAACAUGGGCACUGGACCUUUGAAACUUGACUACAAAACCCUGGCGGCUCUGCCCACCACCAGCCUGCAGAAGCUCAACAGGGCGCCUCCUUCUGACUUCAACAGGACGGAGAGCCCGAUCAGAGACGCCCCCUACUCCCCCACCCUCCAACCGCCCAGCCAUCACUCCUCCAGCAGCUCCCUGUGUGGGGGCAGGGAGACCCGCUUUGCAAACCUUCAUUACACUUCAACUCCAACUGCUAUCGACAGCUCUCCAUCUUCAACGCGACCGGGUGCCAUCCAGCCAGUCGGGCGCUGCGGCAGAGCCCCUUCCCCUGCCACUCCGGACGGCCACAGUCCUAACCCCUUCCAGCAUGGCCCCUCCCCCUUCAACUCCCAGACCUCUCCUCGCGCCCCCUCCCCCACCUCGCCCGAUGAGUUCCCCAUGAACGUGAAGCAGGCAUACAAGGCGUUUGCCGCCGUGCCUCGCUCACUGGCCGUGCUGGAGCCGCCGCAGGACCUGUAUGGAGUCAGGAAUAACUUCCACCCCAAGGAACCGUCUCCAGAGCCUGAGUUGAUGAACGAGGUGUUUGAUGAUGUCAUAGACGGUCAGGAGGGGGCUGGUCUGAGCAGCACGGGCUCCCCAAGGCCCCCCCUCUCUCCUGACCGGCGGGAGUAUCUGAGCCUGGCCGCAGUGCCUCGCCUCUCCAGGCCGUCCUGGGACCUGCAGAGUCCUUCUCCUGGAGGUCGGGGCAGCCCGGAGCAGCGCUCCUUCAGGGACCGACAGAAGUAUUUUGAGAUUGACGUGAAGCAGCAGACACCAGAAAAACCCAAACCCAGAGUGUCUCUUGUUGGAGAAGAUGACCUUAAGAAAAUGAGGGAAGAAGAAGAGAGGAAGUUUGAGCAGCGGGCGCGGGAGUACCUGAUGGAUGAGGACGAGGAGGAUGAUGAGGAGGAUCUGGCAAAGCAGGUGGCGCAGAUGAAGGCCACCGGCAAGGUGUUGCUGGACGGAGUGGAGUACAACGUGGAGCCAGUGUCCACCCCCACCCAGCAGUGCGCUACACCCCCCUGCUACAACGUCACACCUCCCAGCUACUGUGGCAGCUCAGGGCCUUCUUCUGUGGAUGGUAAGGGAGACUCUCAGAGGAACUCACUAGAUGACAGCUUCAGGCUGGAGCAGAGACCCAACUCCAUGACUGGUCUGAUCCCAGCGUACACCGGGGACUCUGCGGCCCCCAUCCGCACAGCCAAAGCAGAGCGGCGGCAUCAGGAGAGGCUCCGUAUGCAGAGCCCCGAGCUCUCUGUGGCCUCCGACAAGGACCUGUCCCCUGCUGAGAAACGAGCUCUGGAGGCCGAGAAGAGAGCCAUGUGGAGGGCAGCACGGCCCUGCGGCCUAGAGGACGAUGUUAGGCAGUAUGAGCAGGACCUGGCUAAGAGGCUCUACCAGGCCAGAGUGAGGGCGUCUCAGGGCCCGGCCGAGGCCCCCCAGCCCCCCACCUCUUCCUCCUCCUCUGCAGCCUCCCAGCUCAGGAUGAAGUCUCUGGAACAGGAUGCUCUGAAAGCACAGAUGGUCAUCGCCAAGUCUCGGGACGGAAAGAAACGUGGAACACUCGACCAGCUGACGGAGUCGCCCUCGCCUGCCCCCACCCCCUCUCCCACACCUAUGGAAGAGCUCAGUCCUCGAGGAGUAACCUCUCCGGGUCGGCUGUCCCUGUCGUCAAAGAAGUUUGACUACCGACAGUUUGCUGCCAUUCCUUCUUCCAAACCCGUAUACGACAUCCAGUCCCCUGACGCAGUGGACGACCUGCAGUUCAUCGACGACGGCUCUAGCAACCCAGUUCCCGCUGCAAGCCCUGAGGUCGAGGUGCCCACCCCGCUGCCUGCCACCUCGGCCCUGGAGGAGAUGGCCCUGUACAGCAACAAGCGUAAACUGAGGCAGGGCCGCCGCAGCCUGGAGACCGCCGUGCCCACGUAACGGCUCACACUGAGAAGAAAGCCCAAGACAUGAAGCGAACACACACACACACACAUUAAGAUGCACUGUGGAACACUGGUAACACAGAGUCACUAAACACUACACAGUCAGUAGAGGGAGAGUUCCUCCCCCAUAUAUAACCACUGCAGAGACUACACUUAUAUCCUGCGUGCCAGUCUUGCCUAUACAGUCCGUGGAUGAGUUGGCAAGUUGCUCAGCAGUCCCUAAAGGGCAAGAACGAGCUAGUGUGGUUAGCUAGCUGUCACUACUUACAGACCAUUCUCUUUUUGUUGUUGUUGUACACUCGGUUCACCAAGUAGAAGCUUAUCUAUUUUAAAAAGGAGGUGGCCGACGUUUUUUAGUUUUUUAUUUUUGCACCUGUAAUGAUUUUGCUGUUUAAAAAGAACAUACUGGAAGAGAGAAGAAAUGGGUCAUAGCUAUACUAACCUGUUGAAUGAUAUUUGUAGGCUUUCAGUGACUAGAUUGUAAAAUGUCAGGGGUUUCUUGAGACUCGGGCAGACAGGAGUGUACAUAUUAAUUGAGGAGGGAACAUCUUGCUACCUUCACACUCAGAAAUUGUGGAGAGCUUUUAAAAACACAAAACAAAGUACAUAUCUUUUUUGCACUGCCACCUAUCAGCUUUUAACGAACAUAUAUCUCAAGUAAUUUAUUCUUUCUAGCAUUUAAUCAACUCGAGGGCCCUCUGUUUCAACUUCAUGUGCUUUUGGGAGUGCAUGACUGAUGCUUAUUGUAAUGUAUCUUUAAGUACAUUUCAAGACUAAUUCAUUUCCCUUUAUGUAAACACCAGACAUGUUUAGAGACAAGCUUAGAUCGCUUUAUCUGUUGCAGCUCACGGUAGUUGGUCAUACCUGUGAUUGUUCUAUUCCCCAUUGAGAGAAUAGGACUACACUAAGCAGGCAGUUUUACAGAUAAACAUAUCACAUAUUAAAGUUUGGAAGUAUGCAUAGUAUCAUUUAAUAAGUAACGGUACUCACCCUGCCCGGUUUAGGGUCCUAUUUUUUUAUUUUUCAAUGUGAAUCAUGAAUUUCUAUCCUUGAAUUAUCUGGAGGGAUUCCAGAGCGAUGUGAAGGUAGCAGGUGUUUUAUUUUUCUGUCUAUUUAAAUCUGACGCCACUGAAAAAUCAUUUUAUUAUUGUGUGAAUAAUGUACAAAUACUGAAAGGAAAGCAAACGUUGGGUUUGAAACUGAGCCGGUCUUGACAGGCUUGGUACUGGGAUGCUCUCUGCAUGUAUAUUGGUUUGUUAAUGGAAGAGCUGCGGGAGCCAGAAGCAAUUAGAAAUCCCUCUCAAGACAUUGUUCUCAUUCAGAUCACUGCUCGACAUGCUGUCAGUUUAUGUAUCAGAAUCACAGCAUAGUAGCAUUUGUUUUAAUUUAAAGUAGGGUCUUUUAAUCAUAGCUUUCCAUGUUGCUCUCACUGACUGAAAUUCAGUUUGUUUGAUAACGUUUGCAAUGGUUGAUAUCUUUUUGUUUUUUACUUGCAGUAGGUAAAUCUUUUUUUUCAGAUGGGUUUCACUACAUUAUUAAUGCAGUGUUUCAAGUGUUUGUGUUUAUUCUUUUGUCAAGUUCUCUUUUGGGACUUUUACUUGCAACUAUGUCAGAAGGAAGGGGUCGGAAGUUCUAGUGUCAAGAGUUAGAGCUCACACAAGACUGUAACUAGUGAAUUUGUACAACCAAAGAAGUCUAUUUUGUGGUUCAGGAAUAAUAAAUUUUACUUUUCAUUUAAGAAGCUGA